AUGGCGCACAGAAAAUCGGAAAGAAAUCCCCGGAAAUCUCUUCCAAUUAUAAACGAAUCCCUCAAGAACGAUCUUGCCUCUCUGGUUUCCAUCCAAUGGGACUCGGAAGUGCCCCCAAGUGAAAUUGUCCUUGAAGAUGAGGAGAAGAAAUCCGACAGAAAGUCCGUUACGUUCCAUCGACGAUCUUCCAGCGCCAAAGGAAAACCCCCCAUCAAUCCAAGCCCGUUUACGUUGAAGCUAAAAGAACUGCUGAACUGUCGCGAACAACAGGAUGUUAUUAUCGAUGAAAUCGAUUACACACCCCGGUGUCUUGCACCUACGCGUUACGGGGAAGACAAAUACAGUUGGGAUCAGUUGCAGGCGAGGUAUCCAGGUGACGAUGACGACAGGAGUCCGGAUGUUUGUUCGAUAUUGAGCUUGGAUUGGAUCGACGAACCGUCGGGAAAUGAUGUGAAGUCCUCAGCGGAGCAGAGCACGAGAAUGGAGGAACCAGCUCAGGCACCGGACAAGGUGGAAGCCUUUGACCUGGACCAGGAACCGGACUUUAGCGGAGUGAUCGACCGACGCAGUCCAUCGUUGGAGAAGGAUGCCAAAACCUAUCACGUUAAGAUUCUGCUCACGGAGACCGAUAACAUCAUCUUGUACGAAGCGGCAAGUCACACCGUGGCCCAGGACUCGGAAGAAGCGGCAUCCGUACAGGAGCAGAACACCUAUUACGAGAACAAGAAGAAAAACCGAAGGACGGCGAUGGCCGCCGCGGAAGCUCAAACGCCUGAAAUGUUGCUCAAGUCACGUGGAGUCAAUACGGAGCGAAUCAAGAGGGAGGAGGUAGCCUCGUUCGUGUCCAACUACGACAUGUACGAUACUUAUAAUGAUUUGGAGCGUCACACCAAGGAGAUUGAUCUGGCGGAGGCGUCGUCCAAGAUCGAGAUAACCACAUACUCGCGCGAAGGCAUGGAGAACAUUGACGAUCUGUUGAACAAGAGUGAGAACUUCCACCUGUCGUCGAUGAUCUUGGAGCGAUUGCUGGCGGGGAAUGUCUACCGGGAGAAGCAGAAGCGUUUCCGGAACAUGUACAUGCCGGAUCCGCUGGACGUGAAUGCGAAGUAUUUGUACCGGUUGGAAACGCUGUGGACGUACAGGACGGUUGAGACUGCGGGGAAAGCUGUGGCUAGUGCGAGUUGGUGUCCGGCGAAUGGGGAUAUUGUGGCGAUCGCGUACGGGAUCUAUCGGUUCACUAAGUUUGACGAUCGCAGCACUGGGUACGUGUGCGUGUGGAGUAUCAAGAACCCGGUGAAUCCGGAGAGGAGGUAUCAGUUUUCGGUGCCGGUUACAGCGGUGGCGUUUUCUAAGAAGACUCCACAACUGUUGGCGGUGGGGUUGUACGAUGGGUCGGUGCAGAUUUGGGAUAUUAUGGACAACUCGCAGAGACCGGUCGGAGUGUCGGAGAGGAAGUCGUCGCCAGGGUUCGAGCCGAUUUGGGAUAUCGAGUGGAUCGAAUCGGAUGACGAUAAGGACGAGAUUUUAACGGCUUCGCAGGAUGGCACGAUCAUGAAGUACACUUUGAACAUUGGACAUUACCUAAUCGGAUAUACGCAGCUGAGGCUGGAUCGAGUAGAGUGCGAAACGGAAGGGAUCGAGGUGGAGAAGAAGAAGGAUGGUAUCGAAGCCGAUCGUCACCCUCAGGCCUUGAGCUUGAAGAUUCAUCCGGUUCGGAAGGAUAUUUACUUUAUCGGGACGGAUGAGGGGUGCGUUCACAGGUGUUCGAUCAACUAUUCGUAUCAGCACUCGGGGGUGUCUCGGAUGCACAGCGGAGGAGUUUUCGGUAUUGAAUACUCGCCAUGGAGUCCGAAGGUCUAUCUGACUUGUGGCGGAGAUUGGUGUAUUCGGAUUUGGAUCGAAGAUAUCAACGAACCGAUCUUGACUCUUUCAACUGGGUUCGGUCCAAUUCAGGCGGCACAUUGGUCACCGGUCAACUCAACGAUCAUUGUUAGCGUGACUCAGGAUUCCGUUCAGCUGUGGGAUCUGAAGAGACGGAUGCUGAAGCCGGCUUCCUUUACAACAUUUGGAGAUUCGACCACCGCACUGACCGUUGUCAAGUUCACUAAUUGCGGUCGAAGUGUUCUGGUGGGAGACAGCGAGGGACGAACGUAUAUUUGCGCCUUGGAGGAUAUGCCCUUCCCGCCGCAUUUCCAGUACAAGGAGCUGCAGUCAGCCCUUUACAAAAACUUGAUUUGCAAACCGGAGCUGCUGAAAUUGGUCAAGCGUUGCGGAUAUUUGGGCUACUGACGUACGUUUUUUGAUUGAUUGCCAUUUAAUGUGUUUGGAUUACUGGUGUUAAUUUGCGUCAGUUGCUUUCAUAUCUUUCCCACUUUGGUGUUUCGUGUGUCUUUGAAAGCAAUAAACCUAGAUCUUAAAAACGUAUUAAAAUCAAAUAAAAUAUCAAUUUUGAUAAAUACCACUUAGA